AUGGAUCCGUCACAAAUCUUCAGCCAGGGCCUGGGACAGUUCCCGCCUCACCAGAGCCACCAGAGCCAGGAAUAUGUCCCGCAGCAGGCGCAGCAGCCACAGCAACCCCGCAACGACCACCCCCUCGGUAGCCCUGGUCACCGUGUAGCUCACACCCUGACGGCUUGUUGCCGCUGUCGCCAGCGAAAAACCCGCUGCGAUCCGACCCUGCCACGAUGCCUUCCCUGCGAAAGAUCCGGAUCGGUGUGCGAGUAUCUCGAUCCGGCCAAGGGAAAGAAAAUCAAUCGCUACUACGUCAUCAAGCUGCAGGACCGCGUCAAGGCCCUCGAGGCCGAGCUCGCCCAGUUCACCGACGAUGACGGUGACUAUCCGAGCAGCAACGAAGACAUCGUUCGGCCCGGUGGAAUGAUCCGUCUCACGGCCGGCGACGAAACCCCUCGAUAUCUCGGCCCGAGUAGCGGCAUCGCCAUGACCCGACUGCUCAUGGAGGAGGCGAAGCGAUACACCGACUCUCAUCGAAUCUCCGACCUCUUCCCCGAAGUCCGCGCCAGAGGCCAGGCCCGCAUGCAGUCGAUUCAGAUGACCGGCCCUGCGGCGGUGAGGAAGCCUAGCUACCCCAUGAUGAGCGACCACCCCGCCGAGAGUCUUCCUAGACGGGAAACGACGGACAAGCUGGUGGAAAUCUUCAAGCACAAAUCCCAACUCUUCUGGCCCGUGCUGCACGAGGUGGAUUUUCAACGCGACCUCGAGGCCGUUUACAAUGGCGAUACCGACCCGUACAGAAGCUUCGUCGUCAGGAUGGUCAUUGCCAUUGGCAUGCAGAAGCUGGAGAUACAGUAUGCCGGCCUGGCUGACAGCUACUACGUCGCCGCCAUGCAGUAUGCCGAGGCCGUCAUCCGGCCCAAGGACCUCAAGACUCUUCAAUGCCUCAUUCUCAUCGUGCAGUACUCGCUGCAGUCGCCGACGAGGACGCCCGUCUACUUCGUCCUCGGCUUGGCAACGCGCAUCUGCCAGCAGGAGUCGUUGGCGAGCGAGGAGACCAUCACGAAAGGCAUCAACCUGGACCCCAAAUCCAUCGACAUGCGUCGCCGCCUCGUGUGGAUCGUCGCCACCAUGGAGUUCAGCCUUUCCUACAACAUGGGUCGCCCGAGCGGCUUCGCCAGAGGGGACGACCGACUGGAUGUCGAUUUCUUCGCCGACGUCGAGGAUGAGCUCAUCACCUCGGCCGGCAUCCAGCCCGGAUCCGUCAGCGACCGAAAGCUUGCCGCCAUUCACUUCUACAAGUCGAGGGCCUUGCAGGCCGAGGUCAUGAGGACCUUGUACGAGAUAAAGAAGCCGACGCCCGAGAACCAUCUGGACCCCUGGUUCGGCAAGAUGGAGCAGAAGAUGAAGGAUUGGGUCGACGCGUCGCCCAGCGCCCCCGCGUGGCUCAAAUUCCAGUUCACCGGUUUCUUCCAUCAGAUGAGGAUUGCAUUGUACAGGCCGUCUCCGCAGGUGCCGAAGCCGCUGCCUCAUGCUGCCGGCAUAUGUUUCGAAAGCGCCGUCAUCGUCCUGAAGCAUACGCAGGCCCACAUGGAGACCGGCACCGUCUCCAUCACCUGGGUUUUCCUCCUGACGCUCAACACGGCGUUGAACGCCCUCCUCUGGGCCACCUCCUACCCGGAAGUUCGGCAGCAGCAUUCGCGGGCCGAGGUGGAGGAGCUGAUACAAAUGUCCCUCGCCUGCCUCGACAAGUGCGUCGAGCGCUGGCCGGGCACCGCCUACACUUCCGAGCUGUACGGCAUCAUUUCCAAGGCGUGCUUGCAAAGCUACGAGUCGGGGGGCACGGCCGGGAAGCAAGCUGCCUUUGCGUUUCCGAGUCCGUCGCCGGGCCUGGAACCUCAGUCCCCUCCCGAUGCCUACGCGCAGUCGGCGCAUUCCCGUCCGGAUGUGACCUCGCCGCAGUUUGGCUUCGUCUUCGACUCACCGCCGGAGUCCAUGAACACGAACUACCCUUUCGACCCCAACUUUCCGGCUCACCCCACCUUUCGAUCCAACUCCAUCUUCUGCAACCCCGCCACCGACAUGAACGGCCGGAGAUUUUCCUACUUUCCCCCCGACUUCAUGCACUCGGCCGAUGCUGGGGUUGGCGAUCUCGGGGCGGCGAAUCCAAUAUCUCCCCACCACGUCCAACCGUCGUCUGCCCAUCACAACUCGAUGCAGCUGCCAACGCCGCCCGAUUCGGUUCCCCCGAGCGCCAUGUCUGCGGCGUCGCCGAGCACCACCUUUUCCCCCACCGGCAUGCGCCAGUCAUCGACCCUGUCGGAUGGCGCCCCUGACCCCAGCGUGCUGUCUGUGCGGUCGGAAAUGUCACCGCCUCCGACGUACAUGACGUCGCAGGACCACCAUCACGUGCCCAAUUUCACCACUUCUCAACCGCAGCAUCAGAGUAUGUCUCAGCAACGGCCGUUGCCGACGACGACGAACUCCGCAGACUGGUUCUACCCUUCGACUUCCCUCGUUUCGCCCUACACCUUUGGCUCCACCAGCAGCAGCUUCUUUGGCGAUUCCAUGCCGGGCCACUUUUCCGAACCUCCCAGUGCCGGCUUGGGCCUGCAUCUCAUGGGUGCCGGCUUUGAAUCGGCCUCGAUGUUUUCGUUCGUGCCCCCCGGGAGGCAGGGCAGCCUGACGCAAUCGCAGCAGUUGAAACUUAUGAACGUGCUCGAGACAGAGGGCGUUGGCGACAUGGACGCCUUCCUGCGUGCCGAAGAGAACAUGUCGGACGUCAGAUGGUAUUGA